AUGUCGUUUCCAACGCUUCAAGUGCGUCCGAACGAGAAAAAUCCGCAAGUUCUGCGUGCUCAUGAGGUAUUUUUCAAGUUUUUUGAAAGAGAACCCGAAGAAAAUUUGUUUUCCUCCUGAAAAUUCGGGAAUUUCAGUUUUUGCGUCAAUCCAAUCAAUUGGUGGAGCGAAAUUUGAUUAACGGAGAGGGAAAGAAGGCGUUGGCGAGAAUGUUGUCGAAAAUGGUCAACGAAGGUGCGGGUUUUCUGGAAAAAAGGGAUUUUGGCGAAAAAUGACAAUUUUCAGUGAAAGGCAUCUACGCUCUGGACGAAAAGCGUGUGGAGGCGAGCAAGAGCGGAAAAAUGAUUGAUAAGCUCAAAUCGGCGCAUAAUUUAUCGCUUUCCAUUAUGGAAGAUCGGUACACUCUCGCCGAUUUGUCCAGACAAGUUCAGCAGAAAAAAUUGGAUGUUCAGAGGUGUGAAGAAGUGUUAGAUGACUUGUUUCUUUGAAUAUAGCUGGUACAAGCCCGAAACCGUAAUUUGCAAUCUUAAAAUUACAAAAACACGACUUAGAAAUCAUGUUUUGGUUCGAAAAGACUAUCAAAUGGUCUCUUCGGCAGAAAGUCAUCAAAAGUAUCGUCGACAAGACUUUCCAGCCUCGUUUGUUUCCCCAAAAUGCGCUCGAAUUGAUGGAGAAAUGACGACAAAAACGAGAAAAACAAUCGCGGUGCGCACUCCCGAUUCAAACGCGCGCCAAUGUUUUGUCGCAUCGCUGCGAGACCCGUCCGCUUUUUGACCUGGCCGCGCAGCAACACGAAACAUUCGAUUUCGGUUGUUUUUCUAUCGACUCUAGCACAAUUUGGCGAACGAACAGAGGCCGAAAAGUCUUAUCGACGAUAUUGUAAGUGAUUUUUGUUGCUAGAAAAAAAAGUUGCAAGUGUAAAGUUUCAAAGUUAGUUAAAACUCCAUUUUUUCCAGAAAAUUCUCGGAAAUCGAGCAUCUCCGCAAAUCGGUGCAAUCGACAAAGAGCGAGAUUCAGCGUGAAAAGGAGAAGAAUGAGAAGCGACGAGCGCAGUCGAAAAAGGCGAACGAGGAGCUGGCGACGCGGUCGGCGGCCAUCCUGAAGCACUUGGAGAACUCGGCGGGCGUGUGCGAACUGCGGAGAAUGGAGGAGGAGAAGCGAGUGAUGGAGGAGAGUGUCGAGGCGAUGCGAGGGGCCAAGAAGCGGCUCGCCGACGAUAUUCGAACGAAGAAAGCCACGUGUAAGGCCACUUGAAAAAAAAUGGGCUUCUGGUGAACCGCACACUUUUUGCAGUGAAGGCGGAAUCGAAAAAAUCGUGGCGCAAGACGGUGAUCGAGUGUGCGAAACAGUACAAACUGGUGCAAUCGCUGACGCCGAAGCUCGAAAAUUCGCAGCGAAAUGUGGAAGCGUUGCUGGAAGAGGAGGAGAUUCGGAAGGCGAGCGGCAGUCUCGACGAGACGAUGCCCUUCGACCGCUCUUUCGUUUUGGCCUCGGUGAGCCAUUUUUCUUCUCGUUUUUGAAAAUCUCUUAGCGAAAACUGAGCACAUUUCCAGAUGGAAAAGGAGAAAUCGCGUCCGACGUCUCCGAUACCGACGUCGUCGACCUCCGUCAUUCCGAGUACGACCCGAAUGCCGUCCCAGCGCGUUAUUUCGUCUCCGCCGCCGAAAAAACGGUCGGAAAGCGCUCCAGAAGCUCCAAUUGUUCAAAAUUCGUCGAUUCGAGACGAGGAGCCGUCGGGCGAACACGAAAAUGACGUGGAAAUGGUAGAAGAGCGCGAAACUCCGGAAGAAAAUGCGAGAAUUGUGAUGGAGACGCAGAGAAGUGAGGUGCAAAUGAUGGAGGAGACUCGCGGUGACAUUGGUACUUUUUUAAUUGCUACGAAUUUUUGACAUUUUUGACAUUUUCCAGAAGAGCAACAAUCGCAAGAAGAAGUGGAAGAAGAAGAAGAAGAACAAGUGGAAAAUGUGGAGAAGGAUCGAUCGGUGGACGUGAUGGAGGAGCAAGAAGAAGGAGAGCAGGAGGAGCCGAUGGAGACUGAGGAGGAGCCCGUAUUUUCCCAACUAUUGGCGGCCGACAAGAAAAAACAGCUAGAAACAUCGGCCACUGCGCCGAGUUUGGCUCUGAAAAGUCCGUCUUCGAGUCAGAGUUCCAAACAUUUGAGCCAACAAAGUCCGUCUCCGACCGCUUCGGCUCCGGGAUUGUCGAUUGGCCAAAAACGGACGAGAACGCAGAAGUCGGUGGCCGAAAGUGUGCUGGAGAUUAGCAAGAAUAGCAAAGGUGAGAGUAAAACUUCUCGGAAAAUCCCUCACUCUUCCCGUACGUAGUGGGAGGGGAGGACUGUAACAGGUUGCCAAGUUUCUCAAACAUCCCGCACCAAUGUGCGUUGCCAUCAAUUUUUUACGUUCGAAAAAAGUGGAAAAGUCCUUGAAAAUCGCAUAAAUCCAUCAGAAAUUGAGGUCUAGGACACUUGAGCGAUUGGUUUAUUGGCGCUACUACGAACACGUCUUUCGAAUUGAACAUUUUCGCUGAUUUUCUGUAAAAAAUGAAAGCAAAACGAUUGCAGAUCCAUGCGGAGACCUUCUGAAAGACGUGGCCGCGCGUCUGGAGCAACAGGAGGAGGCCGAAGAGAUGGUCUCGGAGCACAAUUCCGUCCGCGGCGACGACAACUUUUCGUUCAAUUUCUUUGGAAAAGUGGCGGGAGCCAUCGAGGCGAACGACGAGCCGGACGAGCAGAGCGAUCUGGGCUCCGAUGCCAGUCAGUUUUUUGCGAUUGGUUCAGCGAAAAUUGUGGAAAAAUGAAAACAAUUUGGGUUUCUUUUCAGAUUUCGACUUUAACUUUGGCGGAAACGGCUCCGACGACAACAACGGCUCGGGCGCAUUCGACUUUUUGGGCGGCGGCAACGAUGACGUGGCGACGACGUCGAAUUCGGAUCCGUUCGGCUUUGGAAAGAGCGGUGCGGGCGGCGGGAACGGCGACAUGUCGUUCAACUUCAAUUUCGACGCCGAAACUGCGGACGGAGAGGCGGCCGGAGAGACUGGCGCCGCAAAUAGCACUUUUUUCAAUUUUUAG